UACUAUGGUAUACACGCUUAGGCAAAGAAUUGAAAUGAUUUUUAUUUAUGGCGAGCAAGGAAGAUGCGCAAGAAGAACGGCAGAAGUUUUUAAUAAUAGAAAUCCUAAUUGUAAUGUAAGUCACAGAUACAUUUUGGACGUAGUAGCUAAAUUUAAUGAAACGGGUUCAGUUGGAAACAAAAAAAGGGCAAGUCGGCGUGUUUUAAACGAAGAUGCUCAAGUAGAGAUUUUGGGAACAUUCGUUGCAGAACCCACCAAUUCUCUCCGUACAGUAGCACGUCUAACUGGAAUGUCACAUGAAACUGUACGACGAGCAUUACAGUUACAUAAAUAUCAUCCGUACAAGAUGCAAAUUUUACAGGAACUUCAUGAGGACGAUUUUGAUAGGAGAAUAGAGUUUUGCGAAAUUAUGUCCAACUUAAUAAACACUCGUGCAAUUGUGAGAGGGUGCUACACAGCGGCCACAAAAAAUUAAUGUUUGGGCCGGUAUUCUUGGAAAUGCUGUUAUAGGACCGUUGUUUAUUGAACAAAACUUAACUGGAGAGCUCUACUUACACCUACUUGAAGAUGUAAUUGAUCCUUUGAUAACAACUGAACUGGAAAAUCAAGUUGGUAACAUUUUGCAAGAAAACGAACUACACUUUCAGCAAGAUGGAGCUACGCCGCAUUAUUUUCGGCCAGUGCGGGAGUGGUUGAAUAACAGAUUCCCUAACCAAUGGAUUGGUAGAAGGGGACUGAUAGAAUGGCCUGCUAGGUCACCAGACUUAACGCCGUUAGAUUUUUUUUUAUGGGGGCACAUAAAAUCGGUUGUUUACAAAACUCAGCCUGAUGAUAUCGAAGAUUUAAAAAGAAGAAUUACAGAGGCAAGUAGGGCUAUUCCAGAAGAGGUAUUUCAGAAUGUUCGGGAAGAAUUUGAGAAUAGACUUUAUUUUUGUUUGGAGAACAAUGGAGAACAC